GCGAAGCCACCGGCCAAACCCAGCUGGUGCGGAGCAGGAGGCAAGGACGCCCAGGAAAGCUCAGCUCCAUCCAAAAUCCACGCGGAGGAAAGAAAACACGCUUGCACGGAGUGCGGGAAAAGCUUCAGCUGGAGCUCGCAUCUCCUUCGCCACCAGAGGACCCACACGGGUGAAAGCCCCUACGAGUGCCUCGACUGCGGGAAGAGCUUCAAUCGGAGCUCGAACCUCCUCCGGCACCAGCGAACCCACACGGGAGAGAAACCCUACGAGUGCUUCGACUGCGGGAAGCGCUUCGUUCAGAGCUCGGAGCUCCUCACCCACCGGAGAAUCCACACCAGGGACAAGCCUUACCAGUGCGCCGACUGCGGGAAGAGCUUCGGCCACGGCUCCAACCUCAUCAAGCAUCGGAGGAUCCACACCGGCGAGAAGCCGUACGAGUGCCUGGACUGCGGCGAGCGCUUCAACCACAGCUCCAACCUCACGAAGCAUCGCCGGGUGCACGCCGGCGAGAAACCCUGCAAGUGCCCCGAGUGCGGGAAGGGCUUCGCUCAGAGCGCCGAGCUCCUCGCCCACCAGAGACUGCACGUCGGGAAGAAAUCCUAUAAGUGCACCGAGUGCGGGAAAAGCUUUAACCACAGCUCCAACCUGAUCAAGCACCAGCGGAUCCACACGGGCCAGAGACCUUACGAGUGCCAGGACUGCGGGAAAAGCUUCAUCCAGAGCUCAAACCUCAUUAAACAUCGGCGAAUCCACACGGGAGAGAGACCCUACAAGUGUCUGGCCUGCGGGAAAAGUUUCAUCCAGAGCUCUGACCUCAUUUCCCACGAGAGAACACACACCGGGGAGAGAGCCUGA